UAUCGACCUCAACACACCAGGAGCGGACCAAUUUUUCGGACCACGACAUCCCCAAUUCCCCACCCCGUCCCGCAAUGAUCGGCUCCAGCGGUCAAAACCUUAACCCUAACCCUAAUCCUUAUACCGCCUCCGCCGCGCCCUCCUCCUCCUCUUCCUCUGCCCCCAGUGGCGGCUGCGGCGGAGGUGGAGGCGGAGGCGACGCUUCUCUCCCUCCCAUGGCGAGCUCCGACCCCCGGCUCCCCCUCCUCAACCUCGCGGCCCUCGGCCAGAGGAUGGAGUCGCUCCGCCGCUUCCUCGCCGACCCCGGCGACCACCGCUCGCCCAUCGCCGCCGCCGAGCUCCACCGCGUCUCUUCCGAGAUCGCCUCCGCCGUGCACCAGAUCAUCCUCAACGGCGCCGCCCUCCUCGCCUCCUCCCAUCCCCUCGACCUAGUCCCCCUCCCCCCUCCCGAUCCGCGCACCAACGCCGCUCCGAUCGCAUCGGACGGUCCAGAUCCGCCUCCGCCGCCGCCUCCUCCUCCUCCUCCCUCCUUUCCAACGGCGGAGCCGCGCCAAGAAGGCGGCGGCGGCGGCGGCGGCGGCGGCGACGGGGACUCGGAGGAGUCGGAGGGCGGCUUCUCGUGCCCCUUCCCGGGGUGCAACCGCAACCGCGCCCACCGCCGCUUCCGUCCCCUCAAGUCUGCGGUGUGCGUCAAGAACCACUUCAAGCGGAGCCACUGCCCGAAGAUGUACGCGUGCCACCGCUGCAACAAGAAGAGCUUCUCGGUGCUCGCCGAUCUCAAGAGCCACCUCAAGCACUGCGGCGAGACCCCGUGGCUGUGCUCCUGCGGCACGAGCUUCUCGCGGAAGGAUAAGCUCUUCGGGCACCUGGCCCUGUUCGAAGGCCACUUCCCUGCGGUCGGGGAGGAGUCGUCCACGGGGAAGCGAAAGGAAGCUGAGAUCAAUAGAACAACGGAGGGGCCGAAUAGUGGGGAGGGUUUCGAUCCCGAUUUCUUCGAGGGGUUGAUGGACGAAUUCGAAGGGAUUAGCGAGGGGCCAAUGAAUUGGCCGGCCCGCUAGAAGCCACCACAGUUGAGAGAUUUUCCGGUAACCUAUCUUUUCAGCUGCUGAUCUGCGAAUUCUGAUGUUUGUUCUAGUACUGCUGCUUCACAUCACAUGCUAUAUAUAGUUUGCUUUUGUGGAGAUGAAAUGCUAAUCUUCUUCUAUAUGUAACAAUGUGUAAUAGAAGUAAACUAUUGUUGUUCCAUAAAAAGUUAUAUAAUGCCAUCAAACCCUUUUGUAAUAAUGUAUGAUAAGAAUGCUUAACCUGUUCGAACCAAGCUUCAUUGUAAGUUACUCUAUGCUAAAAGAUUUAAAUAGCACUUACUUUACCGAAAACAA